AUGGAUGAAAACUAUUUGAAACAGUUGGACGCGAUUGAAAGGAUAAAACAGAUGGGUGGACUGAAAAAGUCCAACCCGAACAGUGUGAGGAGAGACAGAGGUUCAUUGGACUUCCAAGAAAGGAUCAAAAUGAAGCUGCAUUGUGAAAGCCAAAGACAUGCUGAUACAAUUGGAAAAAAGAAAAAUGCAUCCAGCAAUGAUGGUCCUCCAAUGAAAAAAUCUCGACUGUCUAACAGCUCAGAUCUCAAUGCCGAUGAUUUGGAAAAAGUGAUCAAUUCUAAAUCCAAAUAUUCUGCUUUAGUGGAUAUUCAACAAGAAAUGAAGCAGAACGAAUAUUUUAAUGCAAUGGAAAAGACUGAAAAAAUGGAGCAGAAAAUGAUCAACAUAAUGCAAAUUGAAGUCAGAGCCGUUUCGUGCAAACAGUGUAAGUACACAGCGUUGACCCCGUCAGAACUUUGCAAGUCAGAAAACCAUCAGCUUCUCUUCCACAAGGCUAUCAAAAGGUUUUUCCAGUGCACCGCCUGUAAACAGAGAUGUUACUCAUUGGAUCGUUUGCCUCUGAGAGCAUGCAGCAACUGCGGGGCUGAAUCGUUUGAAAGGACCGGCAUGAUGAACGAAAAGAAAGGACCAAAACUAGCGCAUGAGAAUCUCAUACUCAGAGGAGAAGAAAUGAAAUACAUAAAUUCUUAAUAUUUACUGCAUGUUUUUAAUUUUUCAUUGUUUUAUAUGUUUUUAUGGAUAUAGAAACUAUUUUGAUAUCUAUAGUUAUUUUAAAAGUUUUCAUUGUUUCAGGCAAAAUAUAAUUUAUUUCUAUUUUAUAUCCAAUUUAAAUAUUUAUUGAAACUAAAUUUUAUAAUGAGCGUUUUAAAAUGAACGACGACAACCAAUCUAUGCCAGGAGCCACUGAUGACCGAUCGCACCAUCUUGCUUUCAAGAAUUCGCUCGUUUCAUUCAUUUGAAUAUGAUGACCUUAAUUAACUGGUAUUUGUUGGGAAGUAAAAUCAGUUAAUGCGUAGUAUAAAAACACGUGUGUAGUUUCCAUACAGUGACUGGAAUACAUUGGAAUCAUUACGAUCUAGUAAGUUUUUCUGGCACCAACAUGACCGUGGGAAAAUGAAAAAGUCCAAGUCUUUUCGCCUACUUAACUACUUAAUAUUGUCUAAAAUAUCCGGAAACAUUGUUAUGAAUUUUUAUCCUCUUAUAGCGUACUUGAUAGAAUAGAGUUUACUUGGUGAAAAUUUUCUUGCUAUUGCCACGAGUGAGAAAGAUGAGCUAUGAAGGAAAAGGACUGCAAACGAGAAACGAACCGCAGACAACAAGAAGGGAAUGAUUCUUUAAGAAACCAACUGCAAGUUAAAUGAACCAAACGGAGACUGCAAAAACAAAGAUUUCUUAUAAGAAAGCAAACUAAAAUGAACGGACCACGAACUACUGCUGCGGGAACUGCUAAAGAGCACUUAAAAAAGCUGCAAACACAGACAACUGCGGAGGGCGAAAUAGUUGCAGAAGACGAGGACGCCAGACGUUCAGAGGACGCCAGGACCCAGAAAUAAAAUUCAACCGUGAACUAUCAGUAAGCGCAAAGACUUUAUGGUAACAAUAUAUAUAUAUAUAUAUAUAUAUAUAUAUAUUAUAUAUGUUGGUAAUAGACCAUAAUUUUUACAAUAUUCUAUAAAUUUUAUAAAGGUAAAAAGCUUUAUUGUUCUAUCAUGCAUAAAAUAAACGAAAACUU